AGUUAGCAGGGUGGUGCAGUUACAUACACUCACAUAUAGUAGAAGAAGUUAUGGCUAGGUGCUGUUUUCUGUCUCUUCUUCUUCUUCUUCUUGCUGUCGCCACAGCAAGUGCAAGCAGAAACGUCCCAAGCGACGCUGGCCUCAAUGACCAGAAGAACGUCGUCACCUUCGGCGGUAUUGGUGGUUAUUCCGGGAUUGGCAACAAUGGACUCCCCUUUGGAGGUGGCGCUGCUGGAAUAGGCGGAGGAUACGGCGGCGGUGGACUCGGUGGUGGUCUUGGUGGUGCUGGUGGCCUCCCCACCGGGAUGGGUGGAUUUGGUGGACUCGGCGGUACUAUGGGUGGUGGUGGUGGUCUCGGCGGUGGUCUCGGCGGCGGCCUGGGUGGCGGUACUGGCACCGGUGUUGUUCCUUUCCCUUAAACACAUGAAUACGAUGCUAUGAUCCUUGAAUGUUUUUGUUUGAGUUUACGUACCUUAUUAGUGUAUGUUAGUGUUGUAAUCUAGUGUUGCAUUAUUAUGUAUCUGUGUCGUACUUUAUUUGCGCUCUAUAUAUGUAUGUCCUUAAUUAAUUAAUUAAUUUACGUUUUUUUACGUC